UGCUCAAAAAGAAAAGAAAAAAAAAAAAAAACGGCCGCGGAGCUGGGCAGAUGCCGAACGGGCUCUUUCUCGUGAUGGCUCGAAAGCAGCAUUUGUUGAUCUGCACGGGGACCGGGUGGCCGCUCGCCUGAGGGAAAAGGCGGAAGGGCACCGCUGACAGGCAGGUGAUAUCACGUCUCACGCUGGAAGGGAUGCUCGCCUCUUUAAAAGUAGUACACGUGGGUGAGCCGAUGCCAUUAGCAAAUGCACGCCUUGAAGACUUAAAGCGCUGAAAACGGGCUGCUCGCUCGGAGAGCAUUUGCAAGCAAGCGGCCAAGUUGUACCGCGGCCGGAAUUUCUUUUUCUAGCAGCGCCUGCCGCCGGUUCUCUUUUAAAUGCCCGGCGUCGCGCUUCCCUCGCCUCGGUGCGGAUGGGUUGAUCGGGAAGGGACGAAGAAGUCCUGCUCCUCGCCUCCCGAUCGCUGUGACGGGCCGUUCUCUUCAGAUGGCGGACGCCCUCCUGCGUCUUCAUUCCCUCAGCUCAGCCCCGGCACGAGGCGGUGAAAAGGCGCGGCGGUAACAGCGGAGCCUCGUUUCUGCCUUUCCAGUCGCUUUGGUUUUCCUCGCGGUCUCUGGUCGGACUCUUGUUCGGCUUCCCUCUCGGAUUCGCUGCGCUGACUGACAGGGGUCGGAAAGCGGCCGGGAGGAAACCUUUUGCAGCUUCUCCCGCGGCUGGCUGGCUGCUCGCUCGCUCGCUCGCCGGCAGCGCCUUCUGCUCCUCUUUUGCCCCUCAGCGGCUACCGGCAACUGAGCGGAGGGGCGGACGGUGCCUACCGAGCGGAAGCCAAAGCGCCGCCGCGGCAUGUCCGGCACGGGCAAAAGAAUUAAGGAGCGGGGAAGCGUGACCUUCACCCAGCAGCAGGACGACGACGAGGAGGAUGAGGAGGAGGAAGAGGAAGAAGGCACCUCUGAAGAAGAGCCCCCGUUGCCGCCGCCCUCACCGCAACCCCGAGCACGUCGAGGGUGGAGCGGGGUCAAUGGCGGGCUGGAGCCUCCCCAGCACCAGGCGGUGAAAACCCAGGGAGAAACCUACGGCUGCCACCCGCCCUUGCCAGUGGUGGGCAAUGUGUUCAUUGAUGGAAGCCCUUCUUUGAGACGAACGACUAUGAUGAGAGAAAAGGGAAGACGGCAAGCCAUCCGAGGUCCAGCUUUUAUGUUUAAUGACAGGGGUACAAGCCUCACAGCGGAGGAAGAGCGUUUUCUGGAUGCUGCAGAAUAUGGGAACAUUCCUGUGGUGCGCAAAAUGUUGGAAGAAUCAAAAACAUUAAAUGUGAAUUGCGUUGACUAUAUGGGCCAAAAUGCCUUGCAGCUUGCUGUAGGGAAUGAACAUCUUGAAGUGACAGAACUUUUGUUAAAAAAGGAGAAUCUGGCACGAAUUGGAGAUGCUCUGUUACUUGCAAUCAGCAAAGGAUAUAUCCGGAUUGUGGAAGCAAUCUUGAAUCAUCCUGGGUUUGCAGCUAGUAAGCGGCUGACUCUGAGCCCCUGUGAGCAGGAACUCCAAGACGAUGACUUUUAUUCUUAUGAUGAAGAUGGCACCCGCUUCUCCCCAGACAUCACACCUAUCAUUUUAGCUGCUCAUUGUCAGAAGUAUGAGGUGGUACACAUGCUGCUAAUGAAAGGGGCAAGGAUAGAGAGGCCUCAUGAUUAUUUCUGUAAGUGCAAUGAUUGCACUGAGAAACAGAAGAUUGAUUCUUUUAGUCAUUCUAGAUCAAGAAUAAAUGCAUACAAAGGGUUGGCCAGUCCAGCCUAUCUGUCCUUGUCUAGUGAAGAUCCAGUCCUCACUGCUCUAGAACUUAGCAAUGAGCUUGCCAAACUGGCUAAUAUUGAAAAAGAAUUCAAGAAUGAUUACCGUAAGUUGUCUAUGCAAUGCAAGGACUUUGUUGUUGGUGUCCUUGAUCUCUGCCGGGAUUCUGAAGAGGUAGAAGCCAUUCUAAAUGGAGAUUUGGAAGCAGAGCCAGUUGAAAUUCAGAGGCACAGAGCUUCACUGAGUCGUGUCAAACUGGCAAUUAAAUACGAAGUCAAAAAGUUUGUAGCCCAUCCUAACUGUCAGCAACAGCUGUUGACCAUCUGGUAUGAAAACCUUUCAGGAUUACGGGAACAGACCAUAGCUAUCAAGUGUCUAGUUGUGCUGGUUGUUGCACUGGGCCUUCCAUUUCUUGCCACAGGAUACUGGAUUGCACCAUGUAGCAGGCUUGGAAAAAUUCUCCGGAGUCCAUUUAUGAAAUUUGUGGCGCAUGCGGCCUCCUUCAUUAUUUUCUUGGGACUACUAGUAUUUAAUGCUUCAGAUAGAUUUGAAGGCAUCUCAAUAUUACCAAAUGAAACAGUUAUUGAUUACCCAAAACAGAUCUUUCGAGUUAAGACAACUCGGUUCACUUGGACAGAGAUGCUAAUCAUGAUAUGGGUUCUUGGUAUGAUGUGGUCUGAGUGUAAAGAGCUCUGGCUAGAAGGACCCCGUGAAUAUAUUCUGCAGCUUUGGAAUGUUCUUGAUUUUGGAAUGUUAUCUAUUUUUAUUGCUGCUUUCACAGCUAGAUUGUUGGCUUUUUUACAAGCUACAAAAGCACAAAACUAUGUGGACAAAUAUAUCCAGGAGACAGAUCUCUCUGUAGUCACACUUCCACCAGAUAUAGAGUAUUUUACUUAUGCUAGAGAUAAAUGGCUUCCAUCUGAUCCACAAAUCAUAUCCGAAGGUCUUUAUGCAAUUGCUGUUGUGCUUAGUUUUUCUCGGAUUGCUUAUAUUUUACCUGCAAAUGAGAGUUUUGGACCACUGCAGAUUUCACUUGGAAGAACUGUUAAAGACAUUUUCAAGUUUAUGGUUCUUUUUAUUAUGGUAUUUCUUGCUUUUAUGAUUGGGAUGUUCAUACUGUAUUCUUACUAUCUUGGAGCCAAAGUAAAUGCAGCAUUUACUACUGUUGAAGAAAGCUUUAAGACUUUAUUCUGGUCAAUAUUUGGCUUAUCAGAAGUUACAUCAGUUGUCCUCAAAUAUGAUCAUAAAUUCAUCGAAAAUAUUGGUUACGUGUUGUAUGGAAUAUAUAAUGUAACAAUGGUUGUAGUUUUACUCAACAUGCUGAUUGCAAUGAUUAACAGUUCAUACCAAGAAAUAGAGGAUGACAGUGAUGUGGAGUGGAAAUUUGCUCGUUCCAAACUCUGGUUAUCAUACUUUGAUGAUGGAAAAACCCUACCACCACCAUUCAGUCUUGUACCAAGUCCCAAAUCAUUCUUUUAUUUCUUCAUGAAGAUCAUUAAAUUAUUGAGGUGCAGAAGGAAAAGAUUACAAAAAGAUAUGGAAAUGGGAAUAGGUAACUCGAAAUCCAGGCUAAAUCUCUUUUCUCAGUCCAACUCAAGAGUUUUUGAAUCACACAGUUUUAACAGCAUUCUCAAUCAACCUUCACGCUAUCAGCAAAUUAUGAAGAGACUUAUAAAACGUUACGUUUUGAAAGCCCAGGUAGACAAGGAAAAUGAUGAAGUCAAUGAAGGUGAAUUAAAGGAAAUUAAACAAGAUAUUUCUAGUCUUCGCUAUGAACUUUUGGAAGACAAAUCUCAAGCAACAGAGGAAUUGGCAAUUCUCAUACAUAAAUUAAGCGAAAAACUCAACCCAAAUAUAUCAAGAUGUGAAUGACUCCAAAUGACAUUUUCAAGAAUAUUACCUGGAUUUUGACUAUAGCACAAGCAUUGGCAAUAAUAUUUCUGAGUGAUUCAUACUUGAAAAAUAUAUAGAUUUUUAGUACUAAAUGACUUUAUGUACAGCUUCAUUUGAAAUACAGUCUUA